ACCGGAGUAAGUUUAGCCAUAUGUCGCUUCUUGCUGAACUUGCCAUUAGUGAGCCUCAAGACUUCAAAAAUUAUCUAAGGAUGAGCGAGGAAAGCUUUGAAUAUCUAUUCGGAAGACUGUGUGAGCACAUAGAAAAAGAAGAUAGCCUUUUGAGAACCUCAAUUCCUGCAAAAGAACGUCUUGCAGCCACUCUCCAGUUUCUAGCCAGUGGUAGGAGCUACGAGAAUCUGAAGUUUAGUUGUGCAAUAUCUCCGCAAGCACUAGGAAAAAUCAUACCAGAAACUUGUGCAGCUAUUUUUGAUGUUCUAAAGGAAGAUUUCUUAAAGUUUCCUUGCAAUGAAUCGGACUGGAUGAACAUAGCUGUGGACUUCAAAAAGUACUGGCAAGUUGAAAACUGUGUCGGCGCUAUAGACGGAAAACACAUAGCGAUUCGUCAACCUCCGAAAAGUGGGUCAUACUACUACAACUACAAAGGUUGUUUCUGGGACGUUCCGAUGAGCAGUGAGCCUGACAUACUCGGAGUGAGUGAAGGCGGAAUCGGAAUAAACAUUGAUUCUGAUGUUUCUGAUUCGGACAACAUGGAGGACGACGAGGACUUCAUCACUUACGACUCUAUAUUUGAAACUGAUGAAGAAAGUGCUGUGGCUGAGAAUGAGAAUGAUGUUUAUGAGGAAAUGGAG